AUGAUUUUACCGACAUCCUCAUCCCCAUCGGCAGCGUUGCCGAGAGAAGCCGCAGUAUGCCAUGCGUUUCAUCCGUUGGAGAACCAAGAUUCUGUAACGUUGCUAUCGUUCCAAGUCCCGCCAUGGAAGAAGGAAAAUCAGGGCGAGAAACAGCAACCUGUCAAGAAGACGAAGCAGGCAUACUUUGAUAUUUGUCUGGAUGUCUCGGGAUCAAUGGCUGGUAGCGGUAUCGAAUGUGCCAAGGUGGCGAUGAAGCGGUUGAUCGACCAUCUGAUCCAGAACUGUGAGGUACCCCCAGAGAGGAUCACUGUGUACCUGUAUGAGAGCUCGUGCCAGACGCGGCGGCUAAAGGAUGGUGAUACAAAGUGGAUUAAUUCUGUCAAGGCUGGUGGAGGAACGAGCUUCGCAAGCGUGUUCAAUGAGGUCAUCAAGAACAUCAAGCUGCACCGAGCCGAGACCAACAUGCAGGAGGAUAUGGAUGUCACCCUAUUCUUCUUCACCGACGGCGAGGACGGUGAUGGUCGGAACCUCGAUCAAGCCAAGCAGAAGCUAGAGGACCUCCUGAAGAGCACGCUUCGGCUAGAGUCCACAGUCCAUACAUUCGGGUUCACGGCCGGACAUGACGCCAAGCUGUUGAGCUGGCUGACCUCUACAGGAAAGUACAGUGGUUGCUUCCAGUAUAUCCAGCAGUCGAGCGCAAUCGAGACGUCUAUGUCGACAACGUUAAUGCUUCUGGACGACUCGGCUAUGGUGAUGGAGAGGAAGAUCGAGAUUUCGUGGACGGACACUGACAAGGACCAUGCACAGGAGUGGCUCGCUGUCAAGUUGGAGCGCGCUGGCGUCGCGGGAUCAACUGUCAUUCGUGGAAAGCCCUUUUCGAGAAGCAUGAUCCAGUGGAGAGAGUACGAGUCCGGAGAGGAUAGUAAUCCCAUUCAGGAUCUACAAGUGCUUUGGUUACCCGAGGAUAGCCCUCAGCGAAUCACCGGCACGACGCAGUUCAUUCAGCACGAGUUGCUACGGUUAAUCGAAGAGAUUAACAGCAUUGGCAGCAACGGGCAGCUUUCGGCCGAGCAGAAGCGUACAGAACUGCUCAAGAUUGACGCCGAAACGGAGGCGUGUAGCAAGAUUCUGGGAACGAUGGCCUUUGCGGCCGCGAAGUUGAAGCAAAAGGAGGUUCGGGGGUCUUGUAUGGUCGCCUGUCAGCGGACACGGUCAUUGUUGCAGUCGUUCCUGACAGUCAAGGCGGAUGCGCAUAAGCGUGGGGGAUCGAUUUCGAACACGAGUCUCGCAACAUUCAAUGCUUUGGCGUACGGUGAGAUCACAGAGGCGAAGUUGAAGGCCAAGUUGGACGCGCGUGCGGGCAAGAACACAGCGUUGUUUGCGGACCUAGAUCAGAAAGUCGAUGAGGUUGUGAAAGGCUUGGAUCUGGAUAAAAUGGAGGCUGAGGAGUCUGAGGAGAGGUUGCGGGUGCUUUCGUGCGCGUUCUCGACGAAUAGUUACAUUGAUGCCUUGCGUGAUGGCGAUUGUUUAUGCAUGACCUUGGAUGUGUCUCGCGGGGCUGGCGCGAUUGCAGAUCCGAGCCAGGUGGUCAUCAAGUCUAUCUUUCCGACAUACUUGACUUCGUCCAUGUUCACGUUGGCACUGGGGCACUCACUGGCACAGAAUGACCCCGAGGAUGUGCACGGUGGCUUCGACCGAAACAGCGACGCGAGCAUCGCUCCUGGCCUGGCCCACGAGAACAUUACCGCAGUGAUGCCAUUAUUCAUCAACAAGGAGCAUUGGCAGGUGGCCAAACUGCGUAUGAAGCCCAUCCUCGGAUAUGUGGUGACACUGGACGCGACAGGAUACACAUACAGCCAGUCAACCACCAUCCCAUUCUUGAUUCUCGCCAAGGCUCUUGAAGCGUACCCCAUGACUGAGUUUAGGCAGAGGCAGGUGCAGCUUAUUUUGGAGACCUGCGAUGCCAUCUACCGGAGCUCCAAGACUCUAUGCGAGAGCACCAGGACAUUAGUAGAGCAGUUCUGUGCAUCACACACACAGCGAACCGUGGACGUGAUCACCAACAACUAUGUCUUCCUUGGCCACGUCAUCUGCGCGCUGCGUGCUGGGGAUAUCACGGCUGCAGAGAUGAGUGCGCUCUUGUCAACGUUCGAGACUGCGAUCGUGGAAGAGCAGAUCCGAAGGGACAUGUCCUGGAGGGUCUCUUCGGACCUGUUUGGCAACAUACUAGAUUGGUUUAACGUCGACCGUCAGAAGGAUGUCGCGGUUCCUGGACGCAAGUAUCGCGAGCAGCAUGAUGCAUAUGUAGCAGCGUUAGAGCGAGAUAAUUCAGACAACGGUAUCGUAGCUCACUACCAGUCCUUGUUCAAUAACACGCGCAAGGAUCAGGGUGUCAAGUCCAAAUCCCCAAAGACAGAAUCGACAUCUCCUCACGCGUCGACAUCCGCUCCAUCGUCCGCAUCAGUGCCUCCGACAAUUGGCAUGGCUUCGUUGUCGGUCAAGGAGGUGGCACCGAUUUCGAAGCCAGAGUUCAAAGUGCCUGAUUUUGAUCCACUUCGCUGGGAACUGUCCGAGGCAUCAUUAGACAGGCUGAGCUCGAUUCAGCAUGCGAUCUCUGCAGGAGUUGAUAAGAUCCGUCGUCUCUUAGCAAUCAUCCACUCUCCUCUCGACACCGAUCUCCCCGAGGUACUCUCCUUGCGCCUUGGGGCCAUGGCGCCGACGGCCAUGGCGGAUGAGUUCUUUGCACGGUACUCCCCCAAGACCAACCUGGCGACGUUACUGCAGGCCUACGCACACACAAAGAACGCCGACCGUCGUUCGGUCGAGAACCUGAUGACGCCGUUCGAGCGUGAGGUUGCUUCUGGACCGGAUACGGCUUCUGAUGAGGCGAUUCAGUUUCUCAAGUCGCUGUAUAUGGCCAAGAUGACGGACAUAGUGGGCGGGGUCGUGGCAGCAGUUGAGAAUGAGUACAUGGAAGCGAAGAGGGGCACAGCGGCAUCGGUGUUCUUGAGCACGAACUCGUUGGAGGUUGCGGCCGCUGUGUUGAUCGACUCAAAGUUCCGGGGUGCUGCCGGAGGACAGUUGACGACGCUGUGUGCACGGUCGACCAUGACUUUGCCGAGGGCGAAGAUCCAGAUGUUGUUGACGGGAUCGUACAAGGGUGUGAAAUUGUUUACAGAUAAGUCUGGGUCGUUGGAGGAUAUUCGCUGGUAUCCGUGCAAAAAGACAUUAUACAGGAUGUUCAGACAUUACCAUGAUCAGUUCAGCUUGGAUGAGUGGCGCCAGUUCCAUCCUAAUCGAUAUGAGAGUUACAUUGCACGCCGGUAUGUGCUGGAUCACUGCCUUGAUGAGUUGCCACAGGAGCAGCAGGUGGAGGUCAACAGCAUCUCCUAG